AUGCAGCCAGCUUUGCCCUGCCUGUCGCUUGGCUGGUGCCGUGGGUGCCCCGCGGAGCAGGAACAGCUCCUGAUGGUACUUCUGUAUGAGGCUGGGCAGGUGUGGGACGCUGACAGCCGAUGGAAGUUAAUGGGGAGAGGCUUGGUGGGAACUUGUAGGAAGGAAUGGAUCAAAACUGAAAGAGUGCUGGAAGCCCACGCCGCCACCCUGCCGGCCUGCGCCUCCCUGCUGGCCCUGGUCUUCUGCCUGGGCUCCUACGGCAACCUCAUCGUCCUCCUGUCCUUCUUCGACCCGGCCCUCAGGAAAUUCAGGACCAACUUCGACUUCAUGAUCCUCAACCUCUCCUUCUGCGACCUUUUCAUCUGCGGGGUGGCCGCCCCCAUGUUCGCCUUCGUCCUCUUCUUUGACACGGCCCGAGGUGUCCCGGCCGCCUUCUGUUUCACCUUCCACCUCACCAGCUCCGGCUUCAUCAUCAUGUCGCUCAAGACGGUGGCGGUCAUCGCCCUGAACCGGCUGCGCAAGGUGCUGGGGGAGGAGCCCGUGGUGGCCGUGGACGCCUCCAGACCGCAGCCUUUCGUGGGGCCCCCGGCCACCGUGGCUGGGGAGGGCGUGCAGAGCGCCGUGCCCGCCUUGUACAGGAACCAGAGCUACAGCAAGCCGCAGCACGUCCAGACGCAUGGCUACACCAAGCACCUCGGCCAGCCGCCGGCUACCGCUGCUGGUCGGCUCCAGCUGGUGUCAGCGGUCAACCUGUCCACGGCCAAAGACUCCAGGGCGGUGGUGACCUGCGUCGUCAUCGUGCUUUCCGUCUUGGUUUGCUGUCUGCCCCUCGGCAUCUCUUUGGUGCAGGACGUGCUGUCCAGCAGUGGUGGCUUUGUUCUCUACCAGUUCGAGCUGUGUGGGUUUACCCUCAUUUUCUUCAAAUCUGGAUUAAAUCCUUUUAUAUAUUCCCGCAACAGUGCUGGACUUCGGAGACGAGUCCUCUGGUGCCUGCAGUACGUAGCCCUUGUCUUUUUCUGCUGCAAGCAGAAGACAAGGCUUCGGGCCAUGGGCAAAGGCAGCCUGGAAGUCAACAGGAACAAGUCAUCCCACCACGAGACCAAUUCAGCAUACAUGUUGUCUCCAAAACCUCAGAAAAAGUUUGUGGACCAAGCCUGUGGCCCCAGUCACUCCAAGGAAAGCGUGCUGAGUCCCAAGGCUUCUGUCGGGCAUCAGCACUACGCACAGAGCAGCUCGACCCCCGUGAACACCCGAAUCGAGCCCUAUUACAGUAUCUAUAACAGCAGCCCUUCCCAGGAAGUGAGCACCCCCAAUAGCUUACAGCCGGUAAACUCAACUUUCGGGUUUGCCAAAUCCUACAUUGCCAUGUAUUAUCACACCACCAACGACUUGGUGCGAGACUAUGACAGUGCUUCGACUAAGCAGAUACCAGUGCCCUCAGUGUAA